AUGGCCUUGUCGACUGAGGCAUCAGGAGUGUCGACAGACCCGGUCCAGGAUGGUGCAGAGGAAGGUUUGGCAGUGAUGAAGUCGCACUGUAUGAUAGAGUGCCAUGUGGAGAAGGAGGCUGUUGAGAAGAUCAUCAAUAAUGGCGAAUUCAAUGAUAUCAUGUCCACUACGGGUACGCUGAUGACGAGGCAGGAGUUGGCCGCCAAGUGGAAGUGCAGUGUGAUGAUAUCGGGUACGGUAGCUGGCGUUCAAGCGGCCCAUAUACUCCUAUUGAAGGCCACUAAUGCGACGUCCUAG